AUGCGAUUUCUGAAAGGAAUCCGAUGGAUUUCUACUGUGAACAAGCAUCCCACGAGUUUUCAGAGACCCCCAUUGGUCACCGAAAGCUCGCAAGUCUUCGAUCCCGACGUCUGGCAAUCUUCCGAAUUUUUUGAUGAUUCAGAAUUCCUGACGUCUUCUGAUGUAGCUCCAGCUCCAGAAUCUUCCACAUCAUCGUCAGAUCCUGAAUCUCCACUCGAGAACACAGAAGAAGAGAGCCAAAAAGCAAAGAAAAAGCCAGAAGACGUCGAGGAGAAUCGAGCCGAUGGCCACGCCCCCAUCAAAUCAGCCUUAUCAAUUCUGAUGCAAUCUCUUCAGAAGACGUCCUCAAUGACAACUUCUCUAUCCGAUAUCGACGUGACUCUCUUCAAUUUUCACUCCACAAAAUUCGCCGAACGUCUUCUAAAUCGUAACGUGUCGAGUGUGGUGAUGGUGGAGUCGUCACACGUGUUCUCGAAAAAUGCAAAGAAAAUCAUUGAAAUCAUGAGAUAUGGCUGGUGGUUGGCUCCAUUAUAG